AUUGCCAGAUGAUGUGCAUGCGCUUCUUCUAGUUGAAGAAGCGAACGAGAAUGCUGAGUUCAAAGUGAAGUCGAUACUCUUCAUCGAUGCUGAGGUAAAGAUCGUGAAAUGCAUUGUGCAGGAAGUUUUGGUGGACAUUUCUUUUAACCAAUUAGGCGGUCUUUCUACACUAUGUUUUCUCGAAAAGGUGGAUCGUGUUAUUGGGAAGGACCACCUCUUCAAACGUAGUAUUAUUCUCAUAAAAGCUUGGUGUCAACAUGAGAGCUGUGUUCUUGGUGCAAACUAUGGACUAAUUUCUACGUAUGCUUUAGAGACAUUGGUGUUAUACAUUUUUCACGUGUCCAAUCUCUCCUUGAACCAGCCUCUGGAGGUGCUUUAUCGGUUCUUGGACUACUUAAGCAAAUUCAACUGGGAUCGUUAUGGAGUUAGUUUGGAAGGGCCUAUAUUAAAAGCAACAUUGCCUAGUAUAGUUGUUGAGAAACCGGUGGAUUGGGGCAAUAAUUUAUUGUUCCAAGAAGAUUUCUUUAAGGAUUGUGCGGAUUACUUCACUUUCCCAUCGAGUUCACUUGAUGCGAAUUUGAAAGAAUUUCCCCGGAGAUUCCUUAACAUUGUUGAUCCUCUUAAGGAAAGCAACAAUAUUUGACGCAGCAUUAGUAAAGGCAAUUCUCAUCGCAUACGUAGUGCGUUCAUGUUGGGUGCGCAGACGCUCGAAAAGAUCCUUGAAUUGCCGAGUGACAAAGUUGCACAAAAAAUGAAGAAGUUCUUCUCCACCACAUUUCGGAGACAUGGGCACAGAUUAUGCCCAUUCUCCACUAGUUCAAUCAGUGAUGAUAUAUAUUGGAUGGAAGAUUUCGAUUCAGAUGAAGAAGUAAUGGAAGUUACAUAUUUACCUGUAAAUAUGAGGUGCAGGAUUUCGAGUGUGCAAUAUUCUUCUCCAUCUGCUGAAAAUUCAAAGUCGGAGAGCAGUGCACUAUCUGAAGGACAGUCUUCUUCCAGUUCUAAUGAGAAUCUGGGAUCAACCCUAUUGAUAGAAGAUCCGUGCGAGGAAGAAAGUGACGAUGACUUGAGCUCUACAGAUUCAGUAAUGUCAGACUUAAGUUCCGCAUUAUCAGAGACCUACAUAGAAGGUUUGAAUCCACUGGUAGACCUAGCUGGAGAAUUGGACACCCAAAUAAGGAAUAUAUUGUGGGGUAAGAAUCUUCUUGAAAAUGGAAUGAAUCCUCCUCCUUAUCAUCUUCAAGUACCAUCCCUGCAGAAUUUCAAUAUGGCAGUGAACAAUAUCAUACCAAUGAAUUCUGUAUAUGGUUUUGAAGGAAGAGGUGGUACUCAGCCUUUCUUUCCUCGUCAGAAUGUGUCUUCAUACAACAGGGCUGUACAUUCUCGGGGGAGGAAUAGAAGGCAGAACAACCAUUCCCAUGAAAUUCAAGGGAAGUUAUGGAAUGCCAAUAACUUUGCUUCAGUAUGGCCUGAGAGGCGAUAUGGGAGUGGGUUUUAUCAUUCGGAAGGAUCAAGCUCCAACACUACUUUCCCCACUGCACCGCCCCUUACAAACAUAGUAUUUGGUUCGCUUGGAAAUCCAUCAGUGUUGAAUACUACCAGGAGACCUCCGCCAGCUAAAACAGAAAGGAGGCAUUGAAGAGUGCCAUUGUCUAGUAAUGAUCCAAGAAGAGAAAUAGAGAUACCAAACUUGCUUAAAAAAGAAGACUUGUCCCCACUGACCAACUAAAAAUGUCUUGAGAAGAUAAUGGUGAAUAGAAGUGUUGUAGGGGAGAUUAGAUUCAAUAACAAAAGUAUUAUGAUGAUCAUAUUAUGCUAAUUGGUAGGGAGGAAGAAGGAUGAAACUUUAUUUCUUUUUCUGUUUUAAAAGUUUGGGUUUUUUCGGUGCUUUCAGAUUUAACUUAGUUCUUUCAUUCUUGAGAGUUCAACUUUUAACAAAGUUCACAAAAGUUGUUAAUCUAAAGUUGUCAAUCUCAGUUACAGAAUUAGCAUAGGUCAGUUUAACAUCUGAUUUAGGAACUUUGUGUUUGUGUUGUAAAUGUUGUUAAAUGUUUUUUU